GGCCCCCCUCUCCUAGAGGCAGGGCUGCCGGCUCCUCGUAAAUCGGAGCCACACUCGGCUCCCCGAGCAGGCCCCCUCCCGCCCUCCUGCCGUCAUUCCUGGCAGGCCCGGGAGAGUGAGCUCACUCAUUACAUAAGGCAUGUGAGCUAUUUCUCGGGGAAUGGGAGCCUCCACCGGGCUCCAUUUGCCCUCUCCCUCUGCAGUCACUAACUGCCGCGGAACAGAGAGCAUGCUCCCAGGGCCCCUGCCCGCCCACCCUGUGCAGGGGAGGCGCUGUCCCUGCCCAGGGCCCCAGCACCCCUGCAGCAGGGCUUCUGCUCAAGAGAAGAGAUGGCCGCUCCUUCCAGAUACCCCAGGGAGUUGGCACCCUAGGGGACAGGGGACAGAGGCCGGCCCCACCCCAGCCUCAGGCGCCAGGAGGGAGGCAGGCAGCAGGGGCCUCCCCAGGGCAGUGCUGGCUGCUUCCCUGAGGGUCAGUCCUCUCUGUGGAUUGGGAGUCGCCCCCAUGGGCACCCAACACAGUGCUCUUAGCGCCUCUGAGCUCCCCUGGGCCCCAAGCCCCAUGACACUGCCACCAGGACUUGUGUUCUCGGGGGACAGCACCAGAUCUCACUCGUCAGCUGGGAGGAACCCAGUGGAGGGCCACCCAGGCAGAGAUGCCCCGGCAGAACAGCACUGUGCUCAGGGCUGGGCACCAGCUGAGGGGGCCCCUCACAGGACUCAUCUGUGCGCAGCCACGGCCGGAGGGGGACCCGGGGACCUCAACCUUCAGCCUCCUUUCUGUGGCCUGGCACUGAGGGCGACCCAGGCUGGCGUUCUGGGAACUUACACCCUCUUGGGUUUGCUAUUUUUACCCGCCCUGAGCCUUCCGGUCUCCAUGGCGACGCCUCCAAACAGCAGAUUCCAGGCGGCAAUGACGUCACCGUCCCCUUUCCUGCCGCCCAGGCCUCGAGGCAGUGCUGCAGGCCCGGGGUGCAGGGCUGUGCUGACCCCGCUCAGGCCUCCCCAGCGCCCCCAAAGCUGUGGCCCCAGGUCUGCAGGCCACAGGUGGGCCCUCGCCCCUCAGAGGGGCCUGCCUGCCCGCUCCGGGAUCCCCUCCAUGCCGGCCACCCUGCCGGAGCUGCCACUGGCUGGGGAGGCAGGGGCAACUGUCCAUCUGGCCUGGGAAGUCUCUCCGGCCCCCGAAUGAGAAACUGGUGACCAUGGCAGGGCCCACAGAGGCAGCCGGAGCAUCGGGAGGGCCUGUGGCCUGGUCUGCCAACCGCAGCACCGUGAGCCUCGGCACCGUCUGGUGAGGCUGUCAGACACCCAGCCAGGGGCUGCUGCCCUCCUUCAUGGUGGCGGCCCUGCUGGGGGCACCUGUGGGCAUGUGCUCUGCGCUUCCAUCCUGACCGGCAGCUGCACGGGUGGGGAGUGGGGGGUGGCCCCGCCUCCUGAGCUGGGUCUCCUGCAGCGGGUCCUCUGGCUCUGGCUCUGUCCUGGCCACUUAACCCAGCUGUCCCUGCAAUUCCCGCAGCCCAGAUCAAGGACAGGACGCUCAGGGCUGGAUGGCCACCUCUGAGCCUGCAGGUGUGGGAGGAUGGGCCACUGUGACCCCACAUCCCCUCCUGGAGGAAGAGCCGCCCAAGUGCUGGGUCUGCUGUGGACUCAAGACACUUGCUGGCCUCUGUCCUCCCCACCCCGCCAAAAAACAAAACAAGACCGUGUUUUCCUUUCUUUUCAGAGGUCUUGUUUCUUGGUGGGGGGGGGGGGGGCCAGAGCCCCACACCCCAGCCAUUGUCAGGAGGAGCCUGAGGAGCCAGACCACCCAGACCCCGGGCUUGCAGAGGCCUGCCACUGUGCCUGCUGGGAUGCUGGGGUCCCAUCCCCCACACACGGCCUGCUCCCCCCCCACCCAUAGGGCCCACCCCUAAUGGCCUGGCCCCAAAGCAGACACUGGGCCUGGGUUCCAAGGGGAGGGGAGCAGGCACAUCAGGGCCACACUCCAUCCCACCAACACCCAGGAGGGCAGAGAGACAGCAGGUAUCUAGUUAGCUGACACCUCUGCUUACAGAAGCGUAGUGAAAGAAGGUGGUUUCGAGGCUCACAUUCCUGCCCUCCUGCUGAUCAAGGAAUGAAGUCCCGACUCGCCCCCCUCUGACAUGGGCAGGCACACUCACAGGUCUGGGCAGGAGACAGGCAGGUGGCGGUCCUGUCUGCAGGGCCUCACACGGACGCGUUCACAGAAGGUGUGCAGGGAGUGCAGCCAGGGGGCACAGGUGGGCUUGGGACUGGCCUCAGCCAGGAGCCUCCCUGUGUCCCAGGGCCCCGCGAGAGGUCCUGUGGCUGGCAGCGUGGACGGAGGCCCUGCAGGUGCCUGUGGCCCGCAGCUCUGCUCCCUGAAGCGGAGGCUCUGGAGGGAGGUGGACAGGGCCCGUCCAGUUACAUAGUCAGGAUCCACCUGGACA